UUCAAAUCCUCUCUCUCUCUCUCUCUCUCUCUAGCUGCAUCAAGAAAAGCUUUUCAUCUCCUUCUUCCUUGAAUCUCGGCUUUCAAAUUAAUGUGCAGAAGAUCAUGAGUUGCAAUGGCUGUAGGGUUCUUCGAAAGGGUUGCAGCGACAAUUGCAUGCUUCGACAAUGCCUGCAAUCGAUAGACAAACCUCAAGCGCAAGCUCACGCCACCAUCUUCGUCGCCAAGUUCUUUGGCCGUGCCUGUCUCAUGUCCUUCAUUUCCGGUGUCCCUGAACACCAAAGACCCUCUUUGUUUCAGUCGUUGUUAUUUGAAGCGGUGGGACGGACCGUAAAUCCGGUGAACGGAGUGGUGGGACUACUUUUGACAGGGAACUGGAAGGUGUGCCAAUCGGCGGUGGAGACGGUUCUCCAAGGCGGCUCGUUACGGGCCUCACCGGAGUUUCUUGGCGAGCAAGCUUCGAUGCCUGAGCUGGAGGUUGAUGCUUCGGGAGCCCAUGGCAACAAGCAGCGGUGUGCGGGUCCAGUACUGGAUCUGGAUCUUUGCUUGACAGCCGGUAAUGAUAAUUUGCAUAAGAGAGAGAAAGUAAGGAAGAUCAGAAGGAGCCCGUCUGUGGAGUCCGAAACGACGACGUUGGGAAGUGAUUAUACGGGUGGUAAUUGUAUUACAGAGGGAUCGGGUAGUGAAAGAAAGAUUCUGAGAUUAUUUGUUUGAGAGUGACAUGAAACGUAUAAUUACUUGAAUUAAUGUAUUUCCUUCUCUA